AGUGAGGCGCGAUCCUGGCGCGAUCCGCGUAGCUGCAACGCAGCUGUAACGUAAAUUGAACAAGUGUCAUUUGGAUUUUGUGCUUUCCCGUGCCGUGGGCUUUCACCACACCCAUGCUUGAACUCAGUACUAAUGGGACAGAAAUCAUCAGCCGACAAUGAGAAGCACCAAGGAUAUCGUAUUUGAGGAAGACGAUCUUCCAUACGAGGAAGAGAUCAUUCGGAACCCGUUCUCUGUCAAGCACUGGAUACGCUACAUUGACUACAAGAAAGAUCAGCCAAAGCAUGUUAUCAAUUUGAUCUGCGAAAGAGCUUUACGAGAGCUUCCCGGCAGCUACAAGCUUUGGUACAACUAUUUGAAACUAAGAAGGCAACAAGUCAGAGAUCUCUGCAUAACUGACCCUGAGUAUGAGGAUGUCAACAGUGCUUUUGAGCGAUCAUUGGUUUUCAUGCAUAAGAUGCCCCGAAUAUGGAUGGACUACUGCAAAUUUCUCACCCUGCAGCAGAAGAUUACACGCACACGACGAGUGUUUGACAGGGCCCUCCGGGCUUUGCCUAUCACUCAGCAUCCUCGCAUAUGGCCACUUUAUUUGGAGUUUGUCAACAUGCACGACAUUCCCGAAACAGCUCUUCGUGUUUACCGUCGCUACCUUAAGCUCUGCCCCGAGAAUGCUGAGGAAUUUGUGGAAUACUUGACUCGCAUCGGUCGCUUGGAUGAUGCUGCUGUACUACUGGCAGACAUUGUCAAUAAGGAAGACUUUGUGUCUAAGGAAGGAAAGUCUAAACAUCAGGAACAGUGUCCAGUGGAUAACCAUUCAGAAUCAUCAUUGUUGACUGCUACAAAAUCUGCUUCAAAGUGCUCUUGGCCAUUCCUACCACUGCAUCUGCUGUGGAAUGAGUUGUGCGACAUGAUUUCCAAGAACCCUGAUAAGGUGCACUCACUCAAAGUGGAUGCCAUUAUUCGAGGUGGGCUUCGCCGUUACACAGACCAGAUUGGCCAGCUUUGGAAUUCCCUGGCUGACUACUACAUCCGUGCUGGACUGUUUGAGAGAGCAAGAGACAUUUAUGAAGAAGCAAUACAGACGGUCCUGACUGUUCGGGACUUCACUCAGGUUUUUGAUGCCUAUGCCCAGUUUGAAGAAAGCGUGCUCUGUGCUAAAAUGGAAGAAACUAGCAAAUCAAAGCCCAAUGAAGAAAGUGAUCUUGACCUUGAAUUGCGUCUGGCACGUUUUGAGGAUCUUAUGGAUCGAAGACCACUCCUGCUGAACAGUGUCUUGCUGCGACAGAAUCCGCACAAUGUUCACGAGUGGCUGAAGAGAGUUAAGCUUUUUGAAGGAAAGCCUAGAGAGAUAAUCAACACUUUCACCGAGGCUGUUCAAACCAUUGACCCCAAGCUAGCCACUGGAAAACUGAAUGUUUUAUGGGUGUCUUUUGCCAAGUUUUAUGAAGAAAAUGAUCAGAUUGAAGACGCUCGAAUUAUUUUUGAAAAAGCAACCCAGGUGCCUUUUACAAAAGUGGAAGACCUCGCUCAUGUAUGGUGCGAGUGGGCAGAGAUGGAACUACGACACGAAAACCAUGAAGGGGCUCUAAAACUAAUGCAGAGAGCGACUGCAAUGCCCUCCAGGAAAGCUGCCUACCAUGAUCAAAGUGAACCAGUUCAAUUUCGUGUGUAUAAAUCACUCAAAGUGUGGUCACUGUAUGCGGACUUGGAGGAAAGUUUUGGGACAUUUAAGUCUGCAAAGGCUGUGUAUGACCGGAUCAUCGAUUUGAAGAUUGCUACGCCUCAGAUCAUCAUCAAUUAUGGCCUUUUUCUGGAAGAAAACAACUAUUUUGAGGAAGCAUUUAAGGCCUAUGAAAAGGGUAUUGCACUGUUUAAGUGGCCCAACGUCUUUGACAUCUGGAACACAUACCUCACCAAGUUCCUGAAACGUUAUGGUGGCACCAAACUAGAGCGGGCUCGUGAUCUUUUUGAGCAGUGCCUCGAAGGUUGCCCAUCAAAAUUUGCUAAGUCUUUGUAUCUUCUUUAUGCCAAGCUGGAGGAAGAGCAUGGUCUUGCACGCCAUGCUAUGGCCAUCUAUGAUCGUGGCUGCAAAGCUGUGCUUCCUGAAGAACAGUUUGAAAUGUUCAAUAUAUACAUCUUGAAAGCUGCUGAAAUAUAUGGGCUGACACAUACUCGUGAAAUCUAUGAACGAGCAAUUGAGCUUCUUCCAGACACCCAGGCUCGACUCAUGUGUGUGCGCUUUGCUGACCUUGAGCGAAAGUUGGGUGAAAUUGACCGUGCUCGAGCCAUAUAUGCACACUGCAGCCAAAUGUGUGAUCCACGGACAACAGCUGACUUCUGGAACACAUGGAAGGAGUUUGAAGUGCAUCAUGGAAAUGAGGACACCAUGAGGGAGAUGCUGCGCAUUAAGCGCAGCGUACAGGCCAUGUAUAACACCCAGGUCAACUUUAUGACAGCUCAAAUGCUGAGUGCAACUGCCAGGGAAGCAGCAGCUGCAGCAGGCACUGAAGAGGCUCCAAAAGACUCGAUGCAGCAAUUGGAAGCAGCUGCUAAGUUGUUGGCUGAUGAGGCAAAGAAAGACACUCCAAGGAUGCCUGGCAAGGACAUCCUUUUUGUCAGGGGUGGGACCACAGAGGAUGAGCAGAGUCUAGCAGAGCGGAGCCGCACUACAAACCCUGAUGAAAUCAGCAUAGAUGAUGAAGACGGCUCCGAUGAUGACCAACAAGUUCAAGAGGUAGCUGUGGAACAAAGAUCCGUUCCAGAGGAAGUCUUUGGUGACCUUAAGAAAUAGACACUUACUUCACUUCAAAUAAUUAUAGUUAAUCAGAGCUGUCAGCAAAAAUAAAAUAACUUUACUUUGUGCA